GACGCUGCUGCAGCACGGAGGGUCACUCACUGUUGCCCCCAGAGCCGUCGUCCUCUCGGAGACCCGCCCGAGGCCUCGGGGCUGCCUCUCCCGAGGUGUAGAGCCCGCCUCGGCGCACUCGGAGUCCUAACAAGGACCUUCGUCAGUUUCCCUUGUAGCCCUGUUGGAAUUAGCAGGGAGCCGGCUGUGUGAGCGUGUCACCACGCGCACGGGCGUGCGUUUGUUUGCACAAGGAACCACGUGUACACACUGUAAAAUGAAUCGAUUUGGGAAGUUUCCGUCCUCCUACAGGAGUGGAGAUGGGUUAGGGCUGGGUCUUCUAAGAGACCUUCGACCCUUGCCUGCUUCAAGGUGAAGGGGAGCAGCCACAUUUGAGUGGAGCCCCAAUGAAGGAAGCGCUUUGUGCCGCCAAAUGACUAGCAGUGAGGGCUGGAGGUGUGCACAGCCUCGGACCUCCCAAACUCGUUUCUCUCUAGAGCCUAGGAACCUGGCAAGCGUCCAGCACAUCAUCCUUGUUCUCUCGGGAAAGGGCGGCGUUGGCAAAAGCACCAUCUCCACAGAGUUGGCCCUGGCACUUCGACAUGAGGGCAAGAAGGUGGGGAUUCUCGAUGUGGAUCUCUGUGGCCCCAGCAUCCCACGGAUGUUCCGGGCUCAGGGCAAGGCAGUGCACCAGUGUGACCGCGGCUGGGUGCCCGUUUUCGUGGAUCAGGAGCAGAGCAUUUCCCUUAUGUCUGUAGGCUUCCUGCUAGAGAAGCCAGACGAGGCUGUGGUGUGGAGAGGCCCCAAGAAAAAUGCACUGAUAAAGCAGUUUGUAUCGGACGUGGCCUGGGGGGAGCUGGACUUCCUGGUUGUGGACACACCCCCUGGGACCUCUGAUGAGCACAUGGCUAUUGUGGAAGCCCUGCGUCCCUACAGGCCCCUGGGGGCCCUUGUGGUCACCACUCCACAGGCAGUGUCUGUGGGAGAUGUGAGGCGGGAGCUGACCUUCUGCAGGAAGACUGGGUUGCAAGUGAUGGGAGUCGUGGAGAACAUGAGCGGCUUUGCCUGCCCACACUGUGCUGAAUGCACCAACGUCUUCUCCACGGGUGGUGGGGAGGAGCUGGCUCAGCUGGCUGGAGUCCCCUUCUUAGGCUCUGUCCCUCUGGACCCUGACCUCACCAGAAGCCUGGAGGAGGGCCGCGACUUCAUCCAGGAGUUCCCCAAGAGUCCAGCAUUCCCUGCACUCACCUCCAUAGCCCAGAAAGUUCUACAGGGGAUGCCUGCUCUGCUGUCCUGACAGGCAGCCCCAUGACUGCCUUCUAGUGCUGGUGUGGGCCCAGCUUGCAGCCUCUGGGAACUUGGAGAGCCGAAGUCCUGGAUUCUGUUCCCAGGCCUGGGCAGUGGGUUCCAUGCAGGCCCUGCCCCUGUUCCUGUGUGCCCUGUCUCCCCCCUCCCAGCAAGUAGCAUUUUGGGCAGAACUUAGGAACAGCAGCUCCACCCACCGGCUUGUGGCUGAGAGAGGACAGCUGUCUAUCUGAGAUAGUGACAUCCCUAGCUGAUAAGAUCACCUCUGUGCCCUACAGCCACGCUGUACCUGAGCUCACCAGUACUUUGUCUUCCUGGGUGACCCUGAGGACCUACAGAGCUCUGCUACAGUGUCCUGUGAGGUGUGGGACGGGCCUCGGUAUGUCUGAUAACUUUGCAGGGCAGAGUCAUUAAACGUGUCGUGCCGUCCAUUA